CUAUAAUUUGUUUCGAGAGUAUUCUGCGCAUGCGCAAGCAUAGUUGCGCGCAGGUUCCAUUUUCCUCUCCCAGUUCGUAUAUCGUCUCACGUACGCAAUUCCAAGUCGAAGUCACGCAGUUUUCUGCACUUGUGUAUUAUAACAUAGAACAUAAAUCAUGGCACCACCAACAUAUGGUGAUUUAGGCAAAAGUGCUCGUGACUUAUUUUCCAGUGGAUAUCAUUUUGGUUUAAUCAAAUUAGAUGUAAAAACAAAAACUAAGUCUGGUGUAGAAUUCUCCAGUGGUGGAGUAUCUAAUCAAGAUAGUGGAAAAGUAUUUGGUACUUUAGAAACUAAAUAUAGUAUCAGUGACUACGGAUUAAAAUUUAGUGAAAAGUGGAAUACUGAUAAUACACUUGCUACUGAUGUUACUUUUGCCGAUAAAUUGCUCAAAGGUCUUACUCUUGGUUAUGGCUGUACCUUUUCUCCACAAACAGGGACCAAGACUGGAAAACUAAAGACUUCAUACAAACAUGAUAAUGUAUCUGCCAAUGCUGAUUUUGAUCUUAGUCUUUCUGCUGGUCCUUUGGUAAAUGCAUCAACUGUUGUAGGAUAUCAAGGUUGGUUGGCUGGAUAUCAGGCUUGCUUUGAUACGCAGAGAAACAAACUGACAAAAAAUAAUUUUGCACUUGGAUACAAAGCAUCUGACUUUACUCUUCAUGCAGCAGUAAAUAAUGGCUGUGACUUUAGUGGCCUCAUUUACCAUAAAGUAAAACCAGAAUUAGAAGGUGCAAUUAAUCUGGAGUGGAAUUCAAGUAACAAUGUGACACAAUUUGGAAUUGCUACAAAAUAUAACCUUGAUACAGAUGCAUCUAUCAGAGCUAAAGUUAAUUCUAAUCUUCAAGUUGGUUUAGGAUAUCAACAAAAAUUACGUGAUGGUGUAACUUUAACACUUUCUACAAAUAUUGAUGGAAAGAACUUUGGCUCUGGCGGUCACAAGAUUGGUCUUGCAUUAGAUCUUCAAGCUUAAACAUGAAUCAGACACAAAAGGACUUGACUAAUUUCAAGGUCAUUUCAUGGCCUUUGUGUCAUAAAGACAGUAUCACAGUACAUGCUUCAAAGUAUUGCCUAUAAACAUAUAGAUAGGUUUGUCCCAAAAUAGAUGCCACGUAUAAACAUGGUAUGGUAACAAUAUCUUAUCAUGAACAAUACGAUUUACAAAUUCUUAACUAAAAUAGAAGUGUUCUAUUUUUUCUUCUAUGAUUCUCUCAUAUUUUAUAAAAAUGAUGCAGCUUGUCAACAGUUCCUCAUGAACAAGCAGUUUAAUAAAAUCAAAUGUUAAUUACUCUGAACUAAUUAUACAAAAUAUAGUUACGGAGUAAUGUUGAUUACACAUACGAAUAAAAUUAAAUUAGAAAAAAAGUGUAUUUAAACAUUUCUGGAAAUAUAUUUUUCAACUCAGUAAUAAAUGUUACCAAGUUACGAAAUAAUUACAAGCUCUAUGGUUGAUUUCAAAAUAACACAUAAUAUAAUGCUCCACAUACAUUCUCAUAGUUACACAAAUGAUGUUAAUAGUCGAAUUUAUUGUAAAAAUAUCUGCACUUAAUAAACAACUACGUACAGGGACUUGAGAUUAAAUAAUGUCAAAUAUCAA